GCUGCUGCUCGUCGUCGUAGCGCAGUCCCCCCCUCCGCCCUCCCCUGCCCUUCGGGAAACUUGUCAGCCGAAUCUUCUUUCCGGUUCUGUGGGCGAGAGAGAUCGCGCUGGAGCUGCGGUAGAUCUUUCCGAGCGAGGUCCGGCCAGCACACAGCGUUCCUUCCUUCCUUCCUUACUUCCCGAGUCCACCUGAUCUCAUUCGUCCACUCUCGCACAGAGCAUCCGGUCCAGUCACCGGGUCAGAGACGGCGUUGCACGCAAGAAGUGGUUCGAGCUUCGCAGUGUGGUGCUGGAAGCAGCAGCAGCAGCAGACCAGAGCACGAGGGAGGAGGAGGAGUAGGCUCAAACGUCGCGAGAAAGACUUAAGCAUCGGAUCUGGGAGCUGUUAGGUCGUGAUUGUUUCCAGCAUCUGUGCGUAUUGUGAGGAGUGUUUGGCUGUUGGUUUUCGGGCACUUCUCUUUGAUUCGAUCGAUUCUUCUUCUUCUAAAAGGCUCGGUGGAGAGUGCGGAGAGUCGUCCGUCCUGUGCUGCUGCUGCUGCUGCUGCUGCUGCUCGACUCUGCCCUGCCCGCGAGUAGGGAAGCGCGUGUGCAUAUCCUGUAAGGGAGAUUUGUAGGUGAAGUGAGAGUGUGAGAUUGUGAGUGAGUGAUUCGAGUUAGGUUUCAGAUCGAGUUUGGUGUCGAGAGGCGUUUUGCACAGGCUGGGGCGAUCGACGAAGAAGCAAGGUUCGUGAUUGUCGCUGCUUCAGCUUCAGCACUCGUGUGGGUUGUGGUGGGAGUCCGUCCAUGGCGGCUGUGCGGCCUGUGGGAGGUCUGGGGCUCCUGUGCGCGAAUCAGGCCUGGAUCGUGGAUUCUUGUCCAUGCGCUCUGCACAGCUCGGGGCCGAGGAUGUGUUCGGUCCCUGCCUCGAAUGCUUUGAUGGGCCUCCAGCUGCGGCUCGACUUGGCUGGCAGUAGAUGCCGGCGUGGUGCUCUCUUGGCAAGGCGAGAAAGGACGGGGAUCGAUUGCUCUGCUCUCGCGUUUCCCAUGGAUGUCACCGAGGAAGCGCAGGUGCCGAAGGACAAAGAAGCCAUGAAGUCAUUGGAGACUUCGUACAAGGCGUCGGAGCUCAAAUCCGUGAAAUCUCUCUUUCCGAAGAACAGGGCGGACGACACGUCGCUGCAAAAUCCGCUCUUGCGCCAACAUCGCAUGGGCUGCGGGUGGCUGGGAGUGAUUCUGGAGUGGGAGGGAGUAAUCGUGGAGGACGAUGUAGAAUUGGAACGCAUGUCAUGGACAGCGCUGGCGGAGGAGGAAGGAAGGCGCCCUCCGCCCACAUUCAUUCUGAAGCGCGCGGAGGGCAUGAAGAACGAGCAGGCUCUGAGCGAGGUCCUGUGCUGGACUCGGGAUUUCCGGCAGCUGAAGAGAUUGGCUCUGAGGAAGGAAGAGCUGUACGAGGAGAUGCAGAAAGGGACUUACAGGUUGCUGCCGGGCGCGCGAGAGUUCGUGGAGAGCAUAAAGAAGUACGAAAUUCCGAUUGCCAUCGCGUCCACGCGGCCGAGGAAGUACAUCGAGAGGGCCAUCGAAGCCGUGGGCAUGGAGGGCUUCUUCAACGAGGUCAUCGCGGCCGAAGACACUUACCGCGGUAAGCCCGACCCCGAGAUGUUCCAGUACGCGGCGGAGCGCUUGAAUUUCAUCCCCGAGCGCUGCAUCGUGUUUGGAAACUCCAACACCAGCAUCGAAGCCGCGCACGACGCCUGGAUGAAGUGCGUGGCCAUCGCGGGCAAGCACCCAAUCUACGAGCUCGGAGCGGCCGAUCUCGUCGUCCGGAGGCUGGACGAUCUGUCGAUGGUGGAUUUGAAGAACCUGGCGGAUCUCGACUCGCCCGAGUUCAAGCCUCCCGAACCCAUGACCGAGAUGGAGGAGGAGGAGCCGCAACCCCGCGUCCAGGUUAUGACCAAAGAGUAUUAGAUAGUUCGAAGGUCGCUCGCUCAGCAACGAAGGUCGGAAUUGGGAAUCCCCCAGCUCUCGUCUGCACGAGCCCUCGAUGAUUCAAUUGCCGGUGCAUAUUCUUUCUCUUCAGUGGUGCCUGGACGCUGUACAUAUCGGAUCCAGGCAUGGCCCCUGAAGUCAUACGAGGUGAAAUCAGCUCAUCUUCACACGCUGCGGAAGAGGAUGUAUCGAAGCCUAAUUUACGGUCCCUGCGCAUCUGGGACCCUGCCCUGCCCCGGAUGAUGGAUCAUGACAUUCUUAAAUUCUCAUUAGUUCAUUGCACCAUGCAUUGUACCUCUUGUAGCAUGGUGCCAAAUAGUCUUGUAGCUAAACAGAUCUCUGUAUAAUGUAAAUUUACUGUUUCUUUGUAAAUUUAGUUUAGCGUCCACCCUUCUUCUCUCUGUAUAUACGCAGCACUACGUCGACCCAAUUGGUCCUCUGUGUGUUCACCAAGUAUUCGUAUUUGGUUGUUGAUGUUCACGGGCAUUCGUGCCAAUUGGAACUAUGUAUUUCGAUGUGUUCCUUGUCCACUUUGUCCAAUUAGAGACGGAAUGAAAUUUCUCCUGAGGGUAUGCGCGUGCUGCGAUGACUACUGAGUCGACGCAUGUGUGGGAGUUAGGCCCUCGAUCUUUUGAGUAUUCUUUUCGUCCCCAAUACUCUAGUACUGCGGAAUUUGC